UGCCGCAGCAGACAACGCGGCUUUCUAGCUUUGGAAGUGUACAAGCGGUUGCUCUUCUGCGUAUAUGUGAUUGUUCUUCUGGUGCGCGCCCUUUUUUGUUCACCGAGCUACAGCGGCUGUUCUUGAUGCCACUUCUGCAGGCAUUGUCACCAUAAAAUGUCCAAGCCCAAGAGGCAGUGCAAAGAGAGAACAUGUUUUGUCCCUCUGUGCACGAGUGGCUACCGUUCGAACAAGCAGCAAGUGUCUCUGUUCACGGCACCUGCCGACGCUACGCGGCUGGCGGAGUGGGAAAGGGCGAUAAAAAGAGAAGACAGGAGGUUGACAUUAGCAUCUGUCGUGUGUGAAAAACAUUUCGAGGAGAGCUGCAUUGAGCGCGCGUUCAAGGUGACGGUAAACGGCGUGGUGAAUGAGAUCGCUCGAGACAAACCACGUCUAAAGCCUGAUGCUGUGCCAACAUUGUUUGAGCAAUAUCCGAAGCAUCUAGUGCCCAAGAAAGCACCAAAGAGAAAGGUGAGGAACCUUUGCUUACAGGAGCCGCCUCCACAAAGACGCAGAGAAAAAUCCCAUCCGCUGGACGGCGGUGUGAUCGGCAACAUUGCAACGGAUGAAAUUGAAAGUUCCGUUUGUUCUGACGAUUCGGCCGCGUGUGCCAAACGCACCGAAAGGUUGGAUUCGCAGGGAGAGCCGGCAUCACAGUCUCAAAGCGACAACCAGCCUGUACUACAGUCAUCAACCGAGAGUGGCCACCCAUUUAGUGGUAUCUCGAUUCCUGCAACAUGGAUGGAAGUUCCAAGUGUAUCUAAUGACUGUUUGUCCUACGCAUCCUGCGAAGCCGAGGAAAAUAAUUUCGGAAACCUCUUCAUUGAAAGAAUGGUAAUUUUUGGCAAGGCCUUGCCUGAGCGGGGGUCCAUUUUAGCCACCGUGUAUCUAAGAGGAAGGGAGCAUAGCAAACAGGUGCUUGCAACCCGAAGUGAGGCAGAAUUGUUGGUGAAGAAGAUUUCCAUGAUGAUCCUUUGCUGUGGCUGUGGCAUGAAGCCAGUGUCAAACAAGUACUCCAUGUACAGAAAAAUGUUCUUUGCUGCUAGGUGCCUGUUAACAACUGAAACCGAAGGAGGUUCUUGCGCCCAGUGCAAAUAUCAACGAGUGCUUGCUCAGAACAAGAUGGGCAGGUUGAGAAAGCAGAAGGGGUCCACAUGUGAGAAAAGAAAACACGACAACACAUCCCGCACUCUCACAAGAACAAAAAAGAAAUUGGCUCGCGUGCAGGCACAAGUGGCUCAAAUGAAAGAGGAAAAUAAAACAAUAAGCGAAGAGGCUCUAGAAGCGAGGAUCCGGGCACUCCCUCAGAAACAGAAGCUUGCUGUCAAGAACUGCUUCACUGCUGCUCAACGGAAGUCGCUCAGAGGAAUGACUUACGAUGACGAAUGGAUUGUUGAGUGCAUAAUGAUGCGGAUGCGAAGUCCGAAACUUUAUGAGCACUUACGUAAAGAAAAAGUCAUGAUCCUCCCAGGCCGAACCUGCCUUAAGAAAUAUCUGCAGCGCUUUGAAGGCGGUUUUGGUUUAAACCCAAAGGUGUAUGCUGCUCUGGCUGAAAAAACGAAGGACAUGGAUGACUUCAGCUGCCAUGGUGGUCUCGUAAUCGACGAGUUGAAGUUAUCAGAGCACCUUGAUGUGAAAUCUAAUGGUGGCAUUGAGGGCUUCGUUGAUCUUGGCGAGCAAUCACCAAGUGACCAGAAAGGCAUUCUGGCAGACCACGGCAUGGUUGUACUUUUCCAGCCAUUCACCGGGAACUGGACACAGAUACUUGGUGUUUUUGCUGCGAGAGGCAAUGUGAAGGCACCAACUCUUGCUAAGAUCAUCAUAGAAACCACCAUCCUUGCAGAACAAGCUGGCUUGGUUGUUAACACCGUAACAUGUGAUGGUGCCAGCUGGAAUAGAAGCAUGUGGCGACACUUUGGUGUACAAGUCUCUGCAGAUGGCCGCAUCAAAAACAGCACACGGCAUCCUGUGGACCCAACGAGGCAGCUCUUCUUCAUUUCAGAUUUUCCUCAUUUAAUUAAGAAUGUUCGGAAUGGAUUUGUCGCAAAGGGCUAUUUGACACCAUCUGGUCAUGUCCACAGUGGCGUAGUACAGGCAGCCUGGGACGUGGACCGUGACAAUGUAACAUUGAAGGCCAUGCCUAGCAUUACGCUUGCACAUAUCAAGCCUAACUGCUUUGAAAAGAUGAAAGUAAAUCUCGCUUUCCAGCUUUUCGGGGAUGAAGUUAUUAAGGGGCUCUUUGAACACAGGAAACACAUUUUAUCACGGUACAGAACAAUGGAGCCAACAGAGGAUUUUAUUCGGCAGAUGAACAAACUCAUUCGUAUUAUGACAGCAAGGAUGAGCGCCAGAGUAUUGAAGCCUCGCAGUCCAAACGCAACGUUUUUACAGAAAUUUUUAGUAUAUCUAAAUGAGUGGGAGGCCCACGCGAAGCCAGCUGGAGGAGGUUUUUUGACAGGAAGUACAGCUUCUGGGCUCAGGGUCACAAUUAAAAGCACGCUUGACCUGCUAUCUUACCUGAACUCUGUUGCAGGAUUUACAUACCUUUUAACUGCUCGUUUGAGCCAGGACAAACUAGAAAAUCUCUUUGGGAUAAUCAGGCAAUCCGCAGGCUGUAAUGACCACCCAACCGUGUCACAGUUCUUAGUAACUGUCAACGUCUUGUCCUUUUACAACCUUGCCAGGUCACCAAAGGGAGGCAAUUGCCCUCCUGCAGUCGUUAAAUCGCUCUUGAGUACUGCAGAUGUGCCCACUGUCACAGCGAAGUGUCUGUCGGACCAACUGGACCAUUUUCUGGACAAUGGAAACAUUGAUGAAGCAGAAGACGUUCUUCAGUCCAUUCACCCAGAAAAUGACCAUGAAGGGUAUUCUAACAAAAAAAGCAACGCGGCUUUGGUGUACUACGUUGCUGGCUAUGUGUCUAGAAAAACGGUAGCUAAGAAUGCAUGCACGAGUUGCGCAGCCGAGUUGUGCGUGUCUCAAAAAGAAGCGAUGAAUGAUGUUAACUCUUAUUUCACGGCUCAUUUUGAUAACGGUGGGCUUAUUUAUCCCACUGAUAACCUGGCAAAGACAGUAGCAGCCAUGGAGGAUGCAUUCACUAGCUUCUUCAGCAAGAACAGUGUGCAUGAAAAGAGCAUGCAAGAGUUUGCACGGAGCCUGCAGUCCUCAAAAUUGCCUCAGAUAGGGUGCCCCGAGCAUGGAAAGAAAACCUUGGCAACUGUAGUGAAGUUCUAUAUUCUUUUAAGGUUUAGAUUUUUCUUAAAAGGUUUGAACAGAGACCACGAAGGCCAAAGGCAGCGACUGAAAUAUCUUAAGUUGCGCCACUGCCAAUAGCUUUUCCUUGCUCAAAUUGAUGUUAGAAAUUUUGAAUGCAGGCUUUCAUAAUUUGUAUUUUGUUCCUAUUUUGUUGAUUCCAAUAAAUGUCUUACAUGCCUAAUAAAGUAAAACGUGAAACUAUUUCGAGUC